AUGAAUAUAAAACAAAUUUUAAAAAUAAAGCAGAUUUUUUCAAGAUAAUGUCAAUGCUUUUAUUAAAAGUAUAAAUAUUUAUUGAAAUAAAUCUAUUAAAAAAUAUAGCUUACAAGCGCUUAUAAGUUUCAUGAAUUUUUUAUUUAUUUAUUAUUUAUUAUUUUUAUUUAAUUUUAUUUAACUUUUAUAUUAUUUUAAUUAUUUAUUUUAAAUUAUUUAAUAUAUUUGUUUGUUUGUUUGAUUUUUUAUUUUUUAUUUUAUUAAUUUGUUCUAUUAAUUUUUUCUCUAUGUUCUAAUUUUUUUCUUUUAUUUUUCAAUAUUCAAUUAAUUUUAAUUUUAAAUUUGUAUUUUAAUUUAUUAUUUUUUCUCAAUCUCUUUUUCUAAUUUUCUAAAGCUCAUUUUUAUUGCCUAUCUGUUUUUAAAAAAUACUUUUUAUAUAUUUAAAAAAUUAAAAUUUGGAGAGAGAAUUUAUUUAUAUUUGUUUUGACAUUUUGA